AUGUAUGCAAAUGUAAGAAUAACUCGUAAUUCAUCAUGGAAUAAUUGGGGUUCGUUUGGUCUUCUAUUCGGAUUUUUCUUAGUAAUUAUUGGUAUGCUCACACAAUUUCUUGAAUUUCCACAUGUCUAUAAUGGUGCAAUAAGUGUAGAUCUAAGCGUGGCCAUGGACAUACCGUCUAAUCUAUUUUGUCUUUUUACAUUUUUAACUGGUCUGGUCGACACAUUAGCUGGUUUCAGAGAAACUUAUACAUCAAUUCUUGGAUUUUUGACAAUGAAUGUUGCAUCAGCAUUAUUUGCUAUUUAUUUAAUUGUUUAUUUUGCAUUUAUUGUUUCAUUUUAUCGAUCAAAUAGAUUAGAUAAACCAAGUAAUCGUACAACAUAUGAAUCAGUUUCAUAUGGACUCGCUGGUACACAAUUAACAGUUUCAUUAAUAAAUGUUAUAACUAGUAUAUUAUCAGCUAUUUUCGCUGGUCGAGCAAUUGCACUUUGUGUAGAUAAAAGUGUUUCAGAGAACAAUAUAAUAAUACCAAUUCGCCCACAAACACCAGAAAAAUCAUUUAGAUCAUAUGAUCUUUUAUGUGAAUCAAAUUCAUUACCAUUAUCAACAAAUCAAAAUGAACUUCAUAUUAAUUAUGAAAAUAUAGUUGAAAAUUUACUUUUGCAACAAGUAUUACUAUAUGCACAUGAACAAUCAAAUUCAUCACAUUAUACUCGUUCACAUUCAACAGUAACAACGAAUAAUUCUUUAUGGUUACCAAAACAACAUGAACAAAGAAAAUUAACAAAAAAUCCUAACAAUAAACAUUCGGUGCUAAUUUCAUCAAAACAUAAAAAUAAUCCAAAAAAACCAAUAUUAUGUCUUAUUGAAUCGAAUGAAAAUAAUUCAAGCAGUUUAAUUGGAAAUAUUCUUUAUUAUCAUAAUCAUCAAAAAGAUCAAUAUAAAGCUUUUGAUGAAAAUUUAAUAGAUUUACUUCUUAAAAAAACAUGUGAACGAGAUAAUAUGUCAACAAAUACAAAUAGUAUAUUUUAUUUUCGUCUUCAAUGGCUUGCUAUUGGUCUUGUCAUCGAUCGUUUAUUCUUUUAUAUUUACUUUACAGCAACAUUUAUUUCCUAUUUAGUUACACUAGGGCUUAUACCCAUUACUCAUCCAAAUUUAACUAUUGAUAUUCAUUCUUUGUAA